CUAGGAAGUGUUAGCAAGAUGAAGUUGAUCGUGCUUGUAUUAGCGGUGGGCUGUAUGGCGAGCCUGAGCCGCGCCAACACCGACGCCAUUGCGCCAAAGUACGGCGUAAGGCCAACGGCGCCACCUACCCCACCGCCCCAACCAUCACCGAAGGGGGGCAGUGAUAUCGAUAAGUGUGGCUGCCACGAGAUCGUUGGCAAGCUGAAGAAGGUCGAAUCGAACCUGCUGAGGCUGAUCCUGAACUUGCGCAACAAGUACGGUUCCGUGUACAGCGAGCUGCUCGACAUGAAGAAACACGUCAAGAGUGUGUCCUGGUACGUCGGCCAAACGUCGGAAACUUCCGAGAACAUCAACGAACAGCUGUUGACUUCUUCGAUCGCCAUGGCACAGAUCAUGCAAUCGAUCAGAGAUCUUACCAUCAACCAGCAGAGAUUGGUCACAAAGACCUUCCUCACUGAAUCCAUCCUGGCUCUGGAGAAACGUCAUGAGGAGACAAGACCUCAAGCACCAGAGGGCGAUACCAUCUACACAUCGUGCGACGAUGAGCGCAUCACCCAAACUGGCACGUACCUGGUGCAGGAUGCGUUCGCCGAGCCGACGAAGGUAGUGUGCGUCCUCGAAUUCCAGCCGGGCGCAUACACUGUGAUCCAGAACCGUCAGGAUGGAUCGACCGAUUUCUACCGUGGCUACAGCGAGUACCGAUCUGGCUUCGGAGAGUUCGACGGUGGUGAUUACUGGUUGGGUCUGGACCGCAUCCACAAUAUCACUUCUUCCGGUGAAUACGAGUUGUUCAUCCUGUUGGAGGACUUCGAGAAGAACGUAACGUACGCCCGUUACGACAACUUCGAAAUUGGAUCAGGAAACGACUUCUAUCCAAUCACCAAGUUGGACGGAUACAGUGGUUCUGCCGGUGACUCGUACGGAUCCGUGGUCGGCGUGCUGUUCAGCGCCUACGAUCUGGAUCUGGACAACAGUGAGAGCAACUGUGCCGUCUCGAACCGCGGUGCCUGGUGGUACACUGACUGUGGCCAGAGCAACUUGAACGGUCUGUACCUGAAGGGCCUGUCUGGUGGCACCACCGGCAUGUUCUGGGAGACUUUCCGUGGAGUUAACUACAGUCUAAAGAAGAGCCGCAUGAUGGUGAAGCGCAAGCAAAUGCCAACCACUACGGAAGCUACGACAACGCCGUCUAGUGCCGAAACCACACCGGCUGAGACCACUGCCGAAACGACCACGCUACCACCAACUGACCCGACUCCACCUUCGAAACGCCGUUAUUGAAGACGCGUUGACAGUCUUGUGGAAAAAUGAUGCACUGUAAGUUUAAUUGAAAGCAAUAAAAAUAAUGAUUUUCGUAAUCUCAAUUCAAUGGAUACCCAUCCAUAUGCUUG